AGGGAAAUAUUAUUAAACUCAAGUGAGAAGGCUGCAGAUCUGAAUGAAGCUUAACAGUUCCUGGUGAGAGAGCUUACAUAAAAUGAAGAUCUAAGUAAACAACACUUGAAGAGUGGAGAGAAACUCUAAUCUAAUAUGUACAAGGAAGACUUCAGGAACAUGACUGAAGAGACUGGGAACAGCAGUGACUCCUCCUCAGCCUUCAUUCACACCAGCACCAUGAGUACCAUACUGAUUACUGUCUACUCAGUUGCCUUUGUUGGAGGUGGAAUCGGGUCCAUCACAAUGUCAUUUGUGCUGUUCAGUAUGAACACUCUGUCUGUGACCACUACUGCCAUCAUUAACCUGGUUGUUGUGCAUAGCCUCCUCCUCUUCACGAUGCCCUUCCGCAUCCACUAUUAUGUCAACAAGAAGUGGGUAUUCAAGAUGCCAUUUUGCAAAAUGGUGAGUGCAAUGGUGCACAUCCACAUGUACCUGACCUUCUUAUUUUAUGUGAUCACGCUGGUGAUCCGGUGGCUGAUCUUCUUUCAAUGGAAGGACAAAGUAGAGUUUUAUAGGAAGCUGCACGCAGUUGCGGCAAGUGCUGCCGUGUGGGUCAUUGUCAUCAUCUUUGUGGUGCCUGUUUUCCACUUCCGGUAUGGACACUCAGGCUCAUACAAUGACACAACAUGCUUCAAGUUCCACAAAGAACUACAACGGGAGAGCGUGAAAGCCCUAAACUACAUCCUAAUUGUAGCUGUUGCCUGCAUUUCUUGUGUCCUCUUGUGCCUGCAGAUUUUUAUCCUGGUAAAAGUGGCAAGAAAACUUUCCACCUCUUUCUGGUCACACCAAGAGUUCUGGGCCCAGGUGAAAAACUUGAUUUUCAUCUGGGUCAUCAUAAUUUGCUUCCUUCCCUAUCACCUCUUUAGGGCCUACUACGUACAACAUAUUAGGGAUUUUGGCCAGUUAGAAAGCUACAAUGAGGUUUUUUUGAGCCUGACUGCCCUGAGCUGUCUGGACCUGCUGUCAUUUGUGCUGAGUGGAAGCCGCUUGUUCAAGCAAAAGGUAGGGAUGCUCAGCAGCAGGUUGCGUUGCUGCUAGUGUCAGCCUCCUGCGGCAUGUGUGGACUUGGACCUGGGAAAGGAUGGUGAUGGACAGGCAUGACAAACAGUAAGUCAGAGUGGGCCCUGGAAACAGUGCAACACACUCACAGAGGGCU